GAGAGAGUGCGCUUGCGCCCCUCCCCUGUCGAAUCGCGCCCGCGCAGUGAAGAGCAAGCGGAAGAGCGAACGAAAGAGCGAGCGAAAGAGCGCAGACUGCGCGCGGAGGGGGCCCGUAGAGGUGGCGGCGAUGGAACCAGCAGAGCAGCUGAACGAGUUAGUGUCAGCCGAGGGCCGAAACCGGAAGGCGGUGCUGUGCCAACGUUGUGGCUCUCGCGUGCUGCAGCCAGGGGCCGCUCUCUUCUCCCGCCGACAGCUUUUCCUUCCAUCCAUGAGGAAGAAGCCAGCCUUGGCCGAUGGCAGCAGUCCUGACGGCGAUCUCCUCCAGGACCACUGGCUGGUUAACGACAUGUUCACCUUUGAGAAUGUGGGCUUCACAAAGGACGUGGGCAACAUCAAGUUUCUGGUCUGCGCAGACUGUGAGAUUGGACCCAUUGGCUGGCAUUGCCUAGAUGACAGAAACAGUUUCUAUGUGGCCUUGGAACGGGUUUCUCAUGAGUAACUGAGGAGAAGGGAACCAGCUCCACCCCGCAGUCUUAAAGAAUUGGCAACAAACUUGGUGUAACUACUGAGCUGCUGUCUUCUCUGUUCUGCAUAAUACAAAUGUUGAGCACCAAUGUUUGCCCUUGAACGCAUAGAGGGAACCCUGCUUCCUUCCGGCCUCUGCACAUGCCUCCUGCUCAGUCCACUUUGCAUCACAACAUGUCCUGUCUUCCCGCUGCCCCAGCCUUGGGACACUGUAGACCUCCACAGACCUAUUCUCAUCACUGGCCUUCUGCCUAGGCUCUAUUCUACCCGGUGCUCCCUUUUUUCUGCUCUAAAAGAGCACUGUUCAACUUUUUAGCCACAGUGACACAUGACAAAAGAGUCUCGUGCUGAUAGUUGAAACUUCCCCCUUUUCACUUUCGUUCAAGAAAACAUACAAGUAUCAGAAAGUGACUUUGUUGUAUGACUAGUUAUCUACAGGAAUUUGCUCUUUGUAAAAGUAAGACAUUUAUAAACUUGAGCAUUUAAAUUGAUAAUUGGAAGACACUGCUUUGGAUACGUCUGUAAUAAAUACCAUGGUUGAGAGCCUUAGAUCUGGGAUCAGAUGGACAAUUUUAUUGUGAAGAUGGAUAUGGCCCUUCUUCCUUUCAAAUCUUGACAUGUUUUGUCUAUUAACUCCUUCACUGCUGCAGCCUAUACCUGAGCACCAGAUUGUCAAUCCCAAUCCAAACUCAGCCCCAGCUGUUACAGGGGCUUACUUGGAGUCAGAGUGGAGAGGGUAAUAGGAUAUGUGAAGGAUGGGCCUUUGCGAAAUUACACCUGAAUUUCUAGGUAUAAUUCAUUUGGACAAGUUGCUUUCUUCCUUUGUUCUUAGGGAAGACUUCUUUAAUGGAUAGUAUCAUUGAACAUACUAAGCAUGGUCCUCAGAUUUCUGGUUCAGUUGGACUCUAUACCAUCCCAGAAUACAAUUUUUUUUCCUCCUGAAAUGCCUCUGUUUCUGCUGCUAUAGGGUUGCUCUGACUUUUUGAUAUUAGCAAACUUAUUUAAGUCCUCAGCAUGAUUUGCAAUCAUUCUGUCAUUUCUAUCCUGAAGUUACUGUGUAGAAGGAAUCUGUAUAACCAGGUUUCAGCUGUCCUCCCUCAUCUGUAGUUCUGGGGGCCUAAAACUGAAAUAGGACCAAGUAGAAGCCUUCCAAGUCCCUUCCUUUGCAACUUUUCUGGUUGCUUCUUCCUUCAUUCCAGAAUUUAUGGGGGGCUCCCCCCACUAACAUGCAGGCCUUGGGCAGUUUUGCAGCCAACCUACUUGCCCAGAAAGCUGCCUUCCUUCCCUAGUCAGAGCCUGAAUGAACUCCAGCAGAAAGGGAGAGAACUGUGUUUUCUGGACAAAUGGUAAAAAUCUGCAUUAUUGUGGUGUUUGUAGAAAAACAACUGAAACUUACCCACAGGGUCAGAAAGAACAGGCCAACUAGAUGCUUCUGGGGCAUAUGGACCCUGACAUCACAAGCCAAAAUCUAAGCUAAGAAUUUUCUUAAAUUAAGUUUUAACUUUUCACAGAAAUAGUAUAUGUUUAUAGUAGGUACAUUAAAAAUGGGUGUAAAAGGGCCAAGGAUUUAGCUCAGUGGUGCCGCCGCCUGCCUUGCAAGCACAAGGUCCCGAGUUCGAUCCCCGGUACCAAAAAAAAAAAAAAAAAAAUGGGUGUAAAAUUAUUGUUUAGCCAGCUUGGACUACGAAGUGAGUUGAAGGCCAGCCUGCAUUACUAGCAAGACCUUGCCUCAGGCAGGCGCGGCACUGCUGAGCUACAUCCCUGUCCCCAACCUCACCUCAAAAACAACAACAAAAUUUUUUAAAUUAGUGUUUAACUCACACUUCAGCUGUCCCAAAAUUGCUAAUGGCAAUGUCAUACAUAACCUUCUUGAUGUUUUUCUAUUAUAUAUAUCUAAACGUACAGUUUUUAAAAUAGAUAUAAGAUCAUACAUUACUGUUUUAUAACUUGUUUUUUUAAAGAAAAUAGGGUGAACACCUUCCAGUGUCAGUAGCUGUCCACCCACAUAUACCAUCAUUAUUAGUAUCACAUUGCAUCGGGUACUGUAAUUUACUGAAAUAACCCACUAGCAGGUUGUCCCCAGGUUCUCAUACACAGGGACGGAAUGUGCCGCCUUGUGUGUAAAUGUGCACCCACACCCUCUUUCCUCGGCCUGCGUGAUGAGCAGUGGCAUUGCGGGUGGCUGUGGUCAAGGCUUUGCUGUGUUGACCCCUCACAAACAGCUGCGCUAGCUCAUCUCUGCUGGCACUAUGACAGAACGCUCACGUCUCCAAGUCCUCAGAACACUAGCUAUUUAUGAUCAUGAAAAUGUAUUUUGCUUCUUUAAUUAAAAAAUAGUAUCUCACUGGGGAUUUAGCUCAGUGGUUCCAGCGCCUGCCUUGCAAGUGCAAGGACCCGAGUUCUAUCCCUGGUACCAAAACCAAAACAAAACAAACAAAAGAAUAGUAUCUCAUUGUUUUAUUUGCAUUUAUUUUAUUUCUAAUGAAAUUUUUAUCUACUUAUUGGUCAUUUAUGUUUGCUUUUUUGAGAAUUGCCAAACAUUGCUGUCCCAGUAACCAAAAUACUGUGUUAUUAUUCUGCCUUUUUUUUUUUUUUUGGUACCAGGGAUCGAACUCGGGAACUUGCGCUUGCAAGGCAGGUGCUGGAACCACUGAGCUAAAUCCCUGGUCCCCCUAUUCUGCCUUUUCAGAAAUAAACGCAUUUAAACAGUGGAAA